UUUUUUUUUUUUUUUUUUGUAAUAUUAACUUAACAAUUCGUCAUGACUGAAGCCGAGCCACCUACAAUUCCUGUAACAAACGGAGCUAAAGAUUAUACAGCAAAAGACAUUGAAAAAUUACAUGCUAGAAUUCAAGCAGUCAUUGAUAAACCUCCAGUAUCUAGUCCAAAAGUACAAUCUAAUACAGAUUCUAUACCGAGCGUUGUGCUAGAAGAAUCUGCCAAGGUUUCAAAUGAAUCAGGUUCAUUGAAUGAUCAACUUUUAACAUCUGCUGAUACGACAAUUAAAGCUUGUGAGAAUGAAGUUAUUGAAAAUGAUUUAAAGGAAUGUUAUUGUCAAAAAUUAAGUAUAAUUCCUGGAACAGCGAAUUGUAAUAGAUGUGAAAGAGUUGUUCCUGCGUUAGUAGAUUUACAUAAACAACGUUUACAACAGCUUGACGAUUUAGAAGUUGCUAAUAAUAGGAUAAAAGAAGAAUUUGACAAAGUAGAAAGGCAAAAUGACGAAAUUGAGAAUUUACGUAAAAGAAUUGAAGAAUUGGAAGAUCAAAUUGAUGUAAAAACUGAUGAAUUUAUUGCUUUACAAAAAGAUAUGGCUAUAUUAAAUGAUAAAUUUGUCGAUGAAAUUACUAAAGUUGCCGAAUUACAGCAUUCUAAAGAGGUAGUUGAAGGCGAAUUGGAAGAAUUAAGUAGAGUUUUGUUUGAGCAAGCCAAUGGAAUGGUUGCUUCAGCUGCAAAAGAAAGAUAUGAUUUAGAAGUUCAACAAAAAGCAUUAGAAAAGCAACUUAAAGAAACUCAGGAACGUCUAAUGGCCGAGAGUUCUCAGCUUAAAGAAUUAAGAGAGAAAAUGGAACAAUUAGUACAAAAUCAACCACAACCAGAAAGUAAAAGAUCAAGCUCAAGUGAUCCUUCAUUUAGAGCAAGUAUUGAUUUCGCUGAACUAUUUGGUUUACGUGAAAAAUCACCCGACGCUGCUGCUACUUUACCUGGUCCUACAGGAGUCGACGGAAUUGGUAUUGAUAAUGAAUUGAUUGCAGAUUUUCAGGAAUUUGUUGAACAAAGUCCGACUGUAAGGCUUCAAAAAAUUCAUACUAUUCCUUUUAUGCGUCAUUGUUUAGAAGAAGAUGUGGAUCCUUGUAUGAGAUUUGGAAGUAACCCUCGUGUCUCUUCACGUAGAAUAGUUGAUGCUAUUGUUGCAAACACUUGUUUUAUUGAAGAAUCUCCUCCUGGUGCUGAUAAAGAACAAGCUUUAAAUUCACAUUCUCCCAUUCGUAAUUCUGCUUCUAAGCCGAUGUUAUGGGAACGUCUUUCAGGAAAUUCAAAUUCUCCAAGGAUAGGUUGUCAAUGUUGUGGUCGGAUUGGUCCUUUGCCUUUUCAAUAUCGUAUAACGAAUUUAGAUGAUUGGUCUUUAAUUGAUCGUUAUUGCCGUGAUCGGCUGGUGGCUGUUUGCGAAUUUUACGUAUUUAUUCGUAAUAUUCGUCAAGGCUUAUAUAAUAAUAGGCCAAUUGUUGACCUUUAUGCUGAAUGUUUAAGAUUACGUUUACAAAUGUUUUAUGCAAGGUUAGGAGCGCUACCUUCUAUGCUAAAUACACUUGGAAUUAAAAGUGCAGAAUUAGCUUCUGCGAAGAAACCUUCUCGCGCGCCUUCCGAGACUGGUGAAAAUCAGCCAAAUCAAACUGGAGAAGAACCUGAAAUAACGAUGGUUGACGAACCAGCUGCUGUACAGAUUAUUGCACCACCACGGGAAUCAAGUCUUCCAAAUUUAAACACUCCUCCAGAUACACCUGAUGAUGAUACAGAGAAAGAUUCAAAUUCUUUAAAUAAUGGCCUUACGGUGUAAUAAAUUAAUGAUUGAAUUUUUCUUUCAAUAUUUUGCAGGGGAAGUCUUUUAUUUUCAAAAGUUGACCUGAUCUUUCAUUGAUGUUAAAUGCGUCAUAUUUUAAAUACGUCUUAGAUUUUGGUUGAAAGUUUUAAAGUUUAGUGAUAAUUAUUCAAGGCAUUUUUGUAGCGAUUAUGAUGGGAAUAGUAAUUUGAUGGAAAAAAUUUUUCCUAAAACAAUUCGGUUUAUGUAAAUUAUUUUAUAAUCUUUUAAUACAUUUAUUUUUGAAAAAGAAGUUGCAAUA